AUGGAUACUAACAAAAGGGUGGAGCCAAGGCCAUCACCAUCAAGGAAAACAAGGUGUACACAAAACAAAUGGUGGAAGAUAAAGGCGAUGAAUUGNUUUCUUUCAGCAUGCAUUCUGCUUUCAGAAAGUAUGCCUUCUGCUUCAUUCAUUACGAAACUUGUUUUAUUCACAUCCAAUGGUGGAGCCAAGGCCAUCACCAUCAAGGAAAACAAGGUGUACACAAAGCAAAUGGUGGAAGAUAAAGGCGAUGAAUUGGAGGAGGAGGAGGAAGAAGAAGAAGAAGUAGGAGGAGAAGAAGAAGAGCCUUGCGAGGUUCAUGCGAAGAAAAAAAUGUAUCUUGUUGGUGGGUCUGGUGAGCAAGUGUCUAGUGCUGGUGGUGGUGGGGGAUGGGUGGCGCGACCUUGCUGUCAAGUGGAAAAGUGCACCAUCGAUUUGAACGAUGAAACAUUACCACCGACGCCAUAA